UCAAGUGAGAGCAGAAUAGUGUGAAACAGUCAUAAUGGCGACGAAAGUCGUCUAUUUUAUCGUCGACGGGAACUAUGAACAGGCUGAAUUCCGAAGCGAUGAUAGUCGGGACGAUUUGAAAGAGACGUUCAGAGCAGCAGCUGAAGCAGGCCCUGAAGAUAUUCUGAAGCUGUAUAAUAAGAAAGGAAACCUUCUCAAUAUAUCGCCUAAACUAAUGGAAAAUACUCCUGACACACGCUACACACUGGAGGUAGUGGCCACGCAGUGCAAUGAAUCUCAGCCGGGAUCGCAAAUAGGUGUGGAUAUAAGUAUGAUUGAGUCGAGACUGGGUCAACUGGAAACAAGGGUCUAUGUAGACAAUGGAGAAUUACCUGUUAUGGUUAAAGAUCUCAAACUGAAAGUCGAACAAUUCAAGGAGAAACUUGAGAGUGUGGAUCACUUGAGCUGGCUUGGACUUACUAAAGAUAUAUCCUGUGGUACGUCACUUAAACCUUUCUGGGACAAGACCCAAUCCAAUCGCAAAACUGAACAGCACUCCAAAUUAGUGUUCGACAAGUUCAAGAAAAUGAGUUGUGUUCAAGUGACGGACGAGGUUCGAGAGUAUCUGAGAAAGCCAACGUUUGACAAUUGGCAAUGGGAUGAUUCAGAAAUGCUGAUACUACUUCGACAGAUGUACAUAGACUUGGAUUUCUUAUCCAAAUUCAACAUAGAGAUGCCUGUGCUUCACCAGUGGUUGUAUGAAGUAUAUAAAAACUACAACAACGUGCCUUUCCAUAAUUUUAAACACUGCUUUAUGGUCACACAGAUGAUGUAUGGUCUGACGUGGCUUAUCGACACUCCAUCACUCCUGGACGAUCUUGAUAUACUCAUACUCAUCACCUCCGCCAUUUGUCAUGAUCUAGAUCAUCCUGGCUACAACAAUGCCUACCAGGUAAAUGCGAAAACUGAACUAGCCCUGCGAUACAACGACAUAUCUCCUCUAGAGAAUCAUCACUGUUCUGUAGCUUUUGAGAUCCUAGAAAAACAUCACUGCAAUAUCUUCCGUAACCUUCCAAAAGAACAGUACAGAAAAGUCAGAGAGGGCAUGAUCAGGUGCAUCCUUGGAACAGAUAUGGCGAAACACAAUGAGAUACUCAGCAGUUUCUCUGCAAUCAAUCACACAUCGAAGUUUGAUUUCCAGAACAAAGAACACAAAUCUCUGUUCUUAAUCAUACUGAUAAAAGUAGCUGACAUUUCUAAUGAAUGUCGUCCCAUGGAUGUUGCUGAACCCUGGCUAGAAUGCCUUCUUCAGGAAUUCUUUAACCAGAGUGAUGUAGAGAAGUUGGAAGGCCUACCUGUUGCUCCGUUUAUGGACAGGGAGAAAGUAAACAAGUCCUCAUCACAGAUAGGCUUCAUCAAAUAUGCUCUACUGCCGCUAUUUGAAUCUCUCGGAGAGUUAUUUCCUGUCAUAGAGGCGGACAUCAUCCAGCCAGUACGAGCAGCUCUGGAUUACUAUACCAACAUGCACAAAGCAUUAGAGGAGGAGAAAAAGAAAAGAGAGAGUGUUGGGGACAUGUCGAAACAGAAUGGCAUCAAACAGUCUAGUCAGAUCUCUGCUACAUGACAUUGCUUCACUGCUUCACACAUGACACUCGUAAUGGACAAGUUUCUUUAGAGGUGUGAGCUACGUAUUAGCUCACACCCGUUUUUGU